GCCAUUGUGUUUCAACAAGCCCAAUAAUUCAACGGACGCCACGUGGAAAAAUUACUCCUUUCACUAUUGGCGGCUCUUUUUAAAUUUGGGAGAUUUGCAACCUUUGACACGAGAAGAAUGGAACAACUUGCCUAUGUAAUAACAAGCUCUCCUUUCAACGUUAAACGUCAGCUCAAUUUUACUUACUUAAAAUUACAGAGACGCUCUUGUAUUUUAAGAGGAAAGAAUGCUUCUCGCCAGAAACCAAAAUUUUCCCGGGUUGUCUCAGCAACACAUUCAUAUGAAAAGAUGAAAGACUGUGUGUUUGAAUUGUUUCGUCCGAUAGUUAGUACAAAACCAAGUUCUCCUAUCCAACUGCCUCAUCUUUUCGUUGGACAACUUAAACCUCUAAAAACUGACUCCCAGGUCAAUCUUGGCAUGUUGGGCAUUUUUGCAUCCUGUGUAAUUGUUAUUUCGUCAAUUUUGAAGAGGAUAUUCAACAAGAAGUUUUCAAAGUCUUCAAGCCUCUCCGAAUCCUAUCCUGUUACCCUCCCUAUCGAACAAGACCAACAACCUUUUUAUCAACUAGAAAGAACUUUUCAUGCCUUGGAAAAUUUGAAAAAUACUAUCAACGAUGAUGCAGAGCAUGCUUCUGACCUAUUUUUGAAACUUCUUCAAGAGGCUUCUAUUCGGAAGCUUCCAAGCAGUCCAUCGGUCACCACUCGAUCUUUGGAACAAGUUGUGACAGAAAUUUUGAAGGAAGUUGAUAAAAAGAUGCGAUUUUAUCAUUCUUUAUUCACAAUACUUGAGAAAUUCAGUCAACAGGUGGUAAAUGAGUUGGAAACCAAUUUGAAAGAAGCUUCCGAAAAUGACGAUCUAUUUAGAGAAAUUAUGCAGGAUAUUACAAAUGUCUCGUAUACAGAAAUGAAAACAAUGCCUCGCUUUGUAUCGGAACUCUACGAACAACUAAGAAACAAUCAUGCAUCAACGCCAAUUAGUCAAAAAUGCGAGAAAGUGAGCCUUGAUAUUACAACAAUGAAGCGCACUCUACAGCUCACAAUGUCCAAACUUCAAGCUUUGAGAACAGCCUCAUUAAAUGGUGACAUCGAAAAAGAAAACUCGAUACAAGUCAACGGCGCUUAUAGGGAAAUAGAGCCUCAUGAAUGGCUCCGAAUUCUCGAGACAAAGACAAAUACGUCAAAAUUUUCGUCGUUGCAAGCUGAGAUAGAAAAUAUACCACAAAACCAACGAUGGACAUUUCUCUCUUCUACUUUAGAAAGGGUUCACGGGAAUCCGACAGAGCUCAACUCGGUAAAGCAGCUGAUCCAAGACAAAGACGAAGAAAUUGCUUUCUUAAGACAGCAAUUGCACGAAACGGAAAAAGAAAAAUUGAAGACUCAAAAAGUCCGUUCUAAAUCCUCUAGGAAUAGUUCAGAUUCAGAGAAGACUGUUGGUUCGACCACGACAUCUAAUAAAAGAACCAGAAGUAAAAGAAAAAUGGAGGCUUCAGAAUCUGAAAUCAACGGAGUUAGACAAUAGUUCUUCAUGGUAUAGGGAAUAAAUAAAGAAUGAUUGUGUGCU